AUGGCGCCCCCUCAGGCAUGUUCCAUUCUUAUCCUUUUGGCUUUCGCUGUAUCAGAUGCACAGAGGAUUAUUGGUGGCAUCCAGGUAGAACCCUACACACGUAAAUACCAGGGUUCAAUACAGGCAGUAGGACCCACCAUACCCCGGACCCCUUACUGCGGAUGCACACUGAUCGCAAGCCAAUGGGCUGUGUCUGCUGCCCACUGCUGGAGGCCGACCAGUGCAAUGAUUUUGGUUUUUGGAGAACACAAUUUAUGGGUCGAGGAGGGAUAUGAGCAAAUAUUCAAUGUUUCAGCAAUUUAUAUGCAUAAUUUCAACUACAAAACUUACAACAAUGACAUUAUGCUACUGAAGCUGAGUGAACCUGCUAUAAUAAAUGCUUUUGUGGAGCCUGCCCGUCUCCCUGACCCUUACACUCAGCCCCCGACUGGUAUGGAUGUGGUGUGCACAGUGAGCGGCUGGGGCAUCACGUCACUGUACAACAAGGUGCUCUCUGACGAACUGAGAGCUGUGGACGUCUACCUCUACCCCACCUGUGCCUACUUCUACUGGGGCAGGGUCAACUACAACAUGAUCUGUGCUGGCUACCGCUUUGGAGGGAAAGAUGCAUGUCAGGGCGACUCUGGGGGGCCACUAGUGUGCAAAGGGAUACUAGAAGGGAUAGUGUCCUGGGGCAUCGGUUGUGCAAACCCCUAUUUUCCUGGAGUUUACACAAAAAUCAGAAACUAUGUCAACUGGAUAAACCAGGUGGUUGCAACAGAAGGAUAA